AUGAAACCACAUGCAGGACUGGACAAUACACCAGUCGAAUUGUUGUUUUGCAUAUUCAAAGACUUGUCACUCGCACAACUUGACGUCCUGGAACAGGCUUGUGUCCGUCACCCGUUGCUCCAUAUCAUUCGCCAUUAUUUUCAUCGCCGCGUGGUAAACACAUGCACUAAUCCUCUACCGGAGCUAGCGCAAAUCGGACGAGUCAAGGAAAUUGAAUACCUGGCUUCACACUCGGACCUUGAUGUGAAUGUUAGGGACAUCGUAGGCCAAACUCCACUCCACAUCGCGGCGAAAACAGGACACGCGGCUGUGGUGCGAGCACUUUUACGAUUUCCAGGUGUUGUUGUUGACCGCAGGGAUGAUGAUGGAGGAUCUGCGCUGGUGUUUGCAGCUCAGCAUGGUCACAUUGGCGUAACAGAGCUGCUGCUCCAGCACGGCGCUGAGAUAGAUGGCCGGACUCACCGUGGCGAGACGGCUUUCCUCUGGGCGGCAAGAAACGGGCGCAAGAAUGUUGUCAGCCUCCUGAUAUCUGAGAUGGCCGAUCCUCUCAUCAUGGAUGCCGAAGGCUGGAGUGGCUUGGACUGGGCUAUCAUGGACGGCCAGGACGACGUCGUUGAAAUGUUGCUUCGCCAUCACGGCCACUUUCAAGAAUCCUCGGUCCGACAAAACGAAGUGCUGUUACUUGCCGCCGAGUCAGGCAACGACUCGGCAGUCCGUAUGAUGUUGGCGGCUGGGGCAGACGUGGAUUGUAGAGACGGCCAGCAAAGCACACCGUUACACUGGGCCGUGUCGUUUGGACAUCGGUCUACCGCAGAGCUCCUUCUCGACGGCGGGGCAGAUGCCAACUCGAGGGACAAGUAUGGCAAUACACCUCUGCACUGGGCAAUUAGUUAUCCAACCAUCAUGAAGCCCCUCUUGGACAGGGGCGUUGAGGUAGACAUCCAAAACAUGAACGGAAAAACAAGUCUCAUGUGGAGCGUAUUGGCAGAGCAGAGGGAGACCACCCAGAUGUUGUUGGGCCGAGGCGCGGCCACCGUGAAUGUCCGGGACGAGAAUGGCUGCACAGCGUUGCAUGGCGCUGCGGCAAAAGGCUGCAAUUCCAUAAUAAUCUGUCUUCUGGACAAAGGAGCAGAUGUGACGGCGACGGACAAGGACGGAUGGACACCACUUGAUGUCGCGACAAUCAAUGGACACGUGGCGGCCAUGGCCCUGCUGCAAGGCAAGGGCAAGCCAGCGGAGGGUAUUGCGGCGGCACGCUUGGCAUUGAAAAUGAUCCGGAAUGAGGACACAGCGCACAUCAUGAGGGAGAUGGCGCAACGCAAAUUGACCGGGAGCGAUGGCGUGAGUGGUUUGAGGUCGGCGGUGAACUGCAAACACGCCCAUCGACUGUUGGCUCUGCUUGGCACUGGCGUGGACAUUGACGAGUUAGACCCAGUGGGAGGAGCGACUGCACUGACACUUGCGGCCUGGUUUAACGAAGAGAAAAUAGCAAAAUUGCUCCUCGAAAACGGGGCUGCCGUAGACGCGAUGGAUAGCGACGGCCGCACCGCUCUGCACGUGGCUGUCGAGGGUGGUUAUUGUGACCUGGUAGCCUUGCUUCUUCAGAACGGUGCAAACGUUGAGGCCAGGUUUUGUGGGUGGACGCCACUGUUACUCGCGGCAAAACGGUUAUGGGACGACGAGGCCGGGCCAUGGAUGGUGGAAUGCCUAUCUGUGCGGGUAGUGGGGGCCAAUCUCGACGCGAGGGAUUACUUUGGCCGCGCAGUACAGCACUGGUGCGCUGCGUAUGGCAGAUCACGAGUUCUCACCAACCUCACGCGCCUCGGCGCAGACCUCGAUGCCAGGGAUCAUUGCGGCCAGGCGGCGCUGCACAUAGCCAUUGGAGCGUCCCAUGUGGACACCGUGCAAGCGCUGUUACAACAAGGCGUAGCCCUGGACGGCCGGACCUGUGAUGGGCUGACACCGGCCCACGUCGCAGCCUACACUGGCCAGCUCAACGUUUUGACGCUCUUGGGACAUGCCUGUAGGUGCAUACGCGAUCACCGUGGAACCGACAACCGUGGAACCGACAAGACUCAUCAUCAUCUAGGAGCCAGGCUUCGGCUAGACGCAAGAGACGUGGAUGGGUACACUCCGCUUACUCUUGCCCUUCUCACUGGCAAUCUACAUGUGGCGCAAUUCCUUCGCCAGCUCCCCGGAGGCGGCGAGGGCGACUUGCAAUUCCGCAGCAGCACCACAUAUCAUGAAAUUGCCACACGCUGCCCUCCCUCCCUCCAACUGCCCACAGAAGACGAAGACAUAGAUGUGAGCCACGCCAGGGAAGGCUCAUGCCCGCGGAGGCCUUUGUUCGGCGUUCAUGUCCGUGAGUGGCUGCGAGAUCAACACAAGUUGGUGGGAUUAGAGACUGAAGAAGUCUAG